AACUUCCUGAGUCAUAAGGCACCUUGUAAAGUACCGUCUCCUUCCAUUGAAAUUCCCAAAGAAUUCCGCCCGCUGAAGGAAAGGAAAGGCAAAAAAAAAAAAAAAGGCUCGAAGCUUCCCCUCCCCCAUGGCGGAAAAUCCCCGUCCUCCGGUCACCGGCUACCCCGUGCCACCCGCCGGUGCCUACUCCAACGGCUACCCUGCUGCGCCGGCCUCCAACACUGCCUACCCCUACGCUGCUCCUCCUCCUCAGCACAACAACUACCAGUACUACGGGCCGCAGUACCAGCGCCGCAACGCCUUCAUCCGCUACUUCCUGGUGGCCCUGAUUUCCUUCUUCAUCAUCACCGGCUCGAUUAUCUUCAUCGUCUGGCUGGUGCUCCGCCCCCGGAUCCCCGAGUUUACUGUCCAGUCGGUCAAAGUCACGAACUUUUCCGUCGUCGACUCCCAGCACGUGUCCGGCAUUUGGCAGGUCCGGCUCCUGGUCGCGAACCCUAACAAGAAGAUGAAGAUCUCGUACGCCACCAUGGACUCCACGCUCUUCUACAAAUCGGAGUUCAUAACCGCCACGCGGAUCCCACCGUUCGACCAGGGCACGAGGAACCAGACGGCCGUGGACACGUCCUUCUCCGUCCAGGACGCUUACGUGGCCGUCUCGGCUCUGAACACCCUCAACUCGGAGAGAGCUAAGGGGACAGUCCCGUUCCGGAUUAGGGUUCUGGCCUGGGUCAGAUUCAGGUCGGGGUGGUGGCGGGCGAGGAGUAGGCUGCUCAAGGUUUGGUGUGAGGACCUGACAGUGGGCCUAUCUUCUUCGAAUAAUCGGACCGCCGAUUUGGUUGGUGGAGAAAGGGAUUGCAAGGUUAGAAUAUGACUUAUGUUAACUUCUGCUCCCUCAAUUCGGUUUUGCUUGGGAGAUAAAUUUCGUGUAAUCUUUUUGACUUUGUUUUAGCUUGCGCGAACAAUUAGAUGUAUAUUGAAGGUUUAGAUAUUCAUGUCAUCGUGAUUGAUUCAUAGUUUUAUUCGUUAUACAGUCGGUUUCUUGAAA